CAGGCAGCGGCACUCCGGGCGAAAUGCUCACCAAACCAUUCGUCUUUGUGGUGCAGGUUGUGGCUGCCGUUUUCGGAACGGAAGCUGCUGAAUAUGCCUCCGUUUUGACAGACCCGUCACAUGACUGGAAGGAUCAUCACGGCAUCGAGAUUCGACUGCGUGAUCACCGUUGUCUUAUCGAAGAAGCCAUCCUUCCCUUUGUCCCGACUCCGACGCAUGCGCCAACAUCGGUGACGUCAGCGGCCUCGGACCUUCCAAAGGCUAUAAGAAGCUGCGUACCUCCGUCGAACUUCAGUGGGCCAGGCAGCGGCACUCCGGGCGAAAUGCUCACCAAACCAUUCGUCUUUGUGGUGCAGGUUAGUUCCUACUUGCCUGCGCCAUGUUACCGCAGUGAUAACCGCUUUUUAGUGUUGCUGCCACGCCCACUUGGUAGCUUUUUCUCAUGUAUUUGUAUUUUUGGUGUGGAUUUGUUAGUUUGCGGGGAUAUUGAGGCAAACCCUGGCCCUUCGGAUAAAGAAAUACUGCAGCAGCUUCUUUCAGGACAAAAAAACAUGACUGAUAUGAUGAACAGUGUCUUAUCAAAACAAGAAAAAAUUGAAAAAGAAGUUGCUAGCUUGACUGAAAGGAUGAGUUCUGUCGAAAUGCAGACAAAGCCUUUGAUUGAACUGAAAACAGAUGUAAACGAUUUAAAGCAAAGAGCAACACAACUUGAGAAAGAUUUGGAAUUUGCGGUCAAGAAAAUUGACGAGUUAGAAAACAGAAGUCGACGAAAUAACUUGAUUGUUUUUGGCCUGAGGGAAGAAGCUAAUGAAACGACUGCUGACCUUACUGAAAUAAUAAAAACGGACUUAUUUGAAGGAAAGCUGGGAGUGAAUGUCAGUGGCAUAGAAAGAUGUCACAGAUUGGGAAAAAAGAAUGGCAAAGAACGACCAGUAAUUAUAAAAAUACUCGAUUACCGGGACAAGGUAGCUAUUCUACAGAGGUGUUCCAAGCUGAAGGGCACCGAGCUGUCGAUAAGUGAAGACUUUUCCGCUCGUGUUCGUGAUAUCCGAAAAAAAUUGUGGCAAAGUUCGUCGCGUGAGCGCACAAAUGGAUCUAAAGUGAAGUUAGUUUAUGACAAAAUAAGCAUUGAUGGAAAGAUUUUUUGUUGGGAUGAUGAUAAGAAUAAGAGAUAUAAGUUAUCUAACCAAAUUAAGGCUCGGGGAAACUAGAUGAACGAUGUUUAGUGAUGCUAAAUGUGAAUUGCCGCAGUAUUGUUAAUAAGGCUGAGAAAUUGGAAG